CAUAGGGAACCAAAAACAUACAAGCAUUCUAUCUUUUUAAUUUUCUACAUAUUUUGGUAAUUUAUUAUUGCACUUUCAAACUUUGUGAAAUAACUGCAACUGCGCAUUAUGUCAGAGGCAGUCGGCGUCAGGGGCCAGUUCGAAACCCCAGCAGCAAGGUCGAACGAAAGUCAGGCUUCUUUACUCCGAGACGAUCGGAAAAUAGUGCUGGAAAAGCGGGUGGAGGUUGAGGUUUGUGAGGAAAUAAUAAGCUCGCUCAAUAUUCCAGAGGAUACUGAAGACAAUUUCGAGGCAGCCGAGGCGGCGGAUAAAGUUUCGGAACUGCCAGAGGAGUCGAAAGAAGAGUCCAAUGAAUUUGCGUUUAAGGAUAUCUGCCUUAUAGAGAAGGAGGAGGAGGACGAGCUGUCUUCCGGGUCUUCCUUCACUUCCUGUUGCUCCUUCAAAUACAUCCGGAAAUCGAUUCUCAGCAGGGAGAUACGCAACGCAUCCACCUUGAGUUUGGAUAGUGGCGUCGACAUCGAUUCCCUAACGGAUCCCAGUCAAAAUCGCCAUAUAGAUCAAGAGCAGGGGAUUGGGGAUAAUAACUCCUCCGUGAGCGUCGUAAUGGAGAAAAGAUUACUGAGCCUCACGCCCGAAGGCAGCGAUUGCGACUGCGAACUGAGUUUGGAUGAGGUUUACCAACGUUUCUCUGCCUGGUUCAAUCGCACCGAAGUAGAUUCCUCUUUUUCCUGCUUCAUGCAGGUGGAUGAAGACCUGGAUGGGUAUAUAUGUCUGGGCGAACUCAAGAGAUUCCUGGAGAAACUGGAUAUGCCACAAACGCAUUUGGCAGUCAAAAAGGUCAUGACCCAUGUGGUGGGGAAUCACGAAGGUCAGCUUAACUUCUGCCAGGCACUACUUAUUCAGGGAACACUGAUGAAACGCCUGGAGUUGAGGAAAUGGUGUCUGCAGGAUCGCGAAAAGCAGCGAUUGGCCAGAAGUGAAGCGGUUGACGUAUCUCAAGUGGGCGUAAGUGGGGCUAGGCGAUUUUUCGAGGCCAAAAUAGCCCUGCAAACGGAACCCCUGGCCCUCAAUUCAGAUCAACCGGUGACCAAAACCGCGUUGAACAAUUCCCCAAUCUCCCAGAAAGCCGCCUCCAAAAGGGAGCAAUUCAAAUCCGCCGCUGCUGUUUUCAAAAAGCUCGAAAGCGAUCAAUGAUUAACUCGUCCUCCUAUCCGCACCCUUCAAUCCUGACUCGAGUGUGUUGUGUCCAAAAUUUCAAGUUGAAUUUCUAGAAAAUUCCCCGUUCUAUCGCCACACUGACCUUGUAUCUACUCUAUAACUUCCCAUAAAUCAUUUGCCAAUAAAACGCGAUACAGAAACGCAAA